AUGAUUGGACGUCUUACAAAGUUGAUAGGAAGACAAAGAACAGGGCCUGCAUACAGCGGUCGAGAGUAUAUAUACUUUGAUGGAACCUUGGUGAUAAAUACGGUCACCCAGAAGGACACAGGAUUCUACACCUUAGUAGUCAACCUUCCAAACAAAAAACAAGAAAUAAGAUAUGCACGGCUCAAUGUAUAUGAGCCAGUGAGAGUGCCCACCCUUCAAGCCAGCAACACCAGAGUCAUGGAGCAUAAGGAUUCUGUGGUCCUCACCUGCCACACAAAUGCAGUCUCCACCCAGUGGUUCUUCAAUGGCAUGAAUCUGCUGCUUACGGAGCGGAUGAAGCUGUCCUCAAAUGACAGAAGCCUCACCAUCGACCCUGUCAGCAGGGAAGAUGCUGGGAUUUACCAGUGUGAAGUGUCCAACCCCAUCAGUUGGGCUACAAGUGUGCCGGUUAAGCUGGAUGUAAAAUAUUAG